GUGACGUAUUUCCGUUUCCAAAUACUACCGCUUGGGCGUUUCCGGUAUGUUUGUUUAUCUAUCGGUAGCUACGCUAAUGUCACUUCAGAAUGAGUAUAAAAAGGAAAGUAUUUAAAACAGAACAUUUUCAAAAACAGGAGAAGAAAUACUCCGAGCAUUGCUGUGUCCCACUUUGUUCGGCUUCAGCCAAAUUUAACGGCAUGCUAAGUUUUCAUGGCUUUCCGACCCAUUCCGACUUGAGAAGACAAUGGCUGGUAAACAUACGCCGGGAUCAUUUCAUGAUUACCUCUCACACCAGGGUCUGCAGCAGACACUUUGCCAGUGAUGAACUCACAGAGCCAACAACCCUUGAUGGUCGAAGGCGGCUUAUUAAAGGUGCUGUACCAACACUUUUUGAGUGGAAUGGCUUUAAAGUUGAACCACCGCGGCGUAGUGUUUGGGAGAGAACGGAGCGACGCCCUGAACUAGUUCCUCCUGACAUUCAAGAAGAGCACAGUCUUACAAGAGAUCAUGACUACUGCUCAGUCCCUGAGCCGUCUGCAUUGGACAUAUCUGCAUCAGCUGCAGAACACCUGUCCAAAGACGUGGAGACUCUGAGGAAGGACAUACAGGAGUUACGUGUCCAGCGAGAAUUUGGGUUACAGCGUUUUGCUGGCUCUGACACUGACAUCCGAUUCUACACCAGAUUUCCAAGCUAUGAUCAUUCGAUGGCAUUUUGGUUUUUGAUUGAACCUUGCAUCUACAAAAUGAUCCGGGUUUCAAGAGCCAAGUCAGCUGCCAAUAGGAACGAAGAAGUGUUGACACCUGCACGCACAUCAACGAGGCAGCUGCUACAGCCAAUUGACGAGUUCUUUCUUUUCCUGGUUUUCCUGUCAGUUGGUUUGAAGGAGAGGGACCUGGCACACCGAUUUAACAUACACCAGUCCACAGUGAGCCGCAUUAUUGCAACAUGGACACAUUUUCUUGCCACUGCACUGGGGUCUCAAUGCAUCUGGCUUACACGUGAAAAAGUGCAAGCUUACCUCCCUGAGGAAUUCAAAGAUUUCUCAGACACCCAGAUGAUCCUUGACUGUACAGAGCUGAGGUGUCAGACACCAUCCUCACCACUUCUCCAAAGUGAAAUGUACUCUUCGUACAAAUCCCACUGCACAAUGAAAGCCCUGGUUGGCAUAGCUCCACAUGGUCCAGUGACAUUCAUCUCUAAUCUGUAUGCUGGUUCGGUUAGUGACAAGGAACUAUUUCAACAAUCAGGCAUUGCUGAGAAGUUGACUGAAGACAUGGCAGUGAUGAUAGAUAAGGGCUUCCUAAUCACCGAUUGUUGUAAAUGCAAAGUGUACUGCCCACCUUUUCUAUCUAAGCAGAAGCAGAUGCCAGCAUACCAGGUUAAGGAGACGCAGGCCAUAGCCAGACUCAGGGUACAUGUGGAGCGAGUCAUUAGGAGGAUCAAACAGAACAAACUUUUUGAUAGCAUCAUAACCAUGUCACAUGUUUACAAUAUCAACCAACUGUUUGCAGUAGCAUGUAUGCUGUCAAAUUACCAGAACACAGCAUUAGUUAAAAAAUGGGUUAAGUGAGACAAUAUGGACUUUUCCCAAGACACCAGUGCCAGUACAAGGAACUUAUGGAACAUGACCUGCAGCUGAGGCCACUACAGUUGCAUUUCUUCCUUCUCAGCUGACAAAACUUGAUUACAGAACUGGUACUUGAGUGCUGAGAGUUGAGUUCCAGUUAUUGAUAAUUCUAAUUCAUUGCAAAUGUUGAAUGUUAAUAAUACUUUUUAAUUAUAAUACUAUAUUACUAUUCAGAUUCAACAAAAUUGUUUAUCAAAAUUAUAAAGUAAAUCGUUUUAAAAUCAUAAGUGACAUUGUGCUUUAGUAACAUCCAAAACCAUUUGUCAUUUUCUUCCCUCAGUUGUGUUAUUGUCUACAUGUAUGUCAGUAUGCUAGGCAUGGAGUUUUAAAUACUUACCAUGUAAAUAAGUUCUGCACAAAUUCAAUGUUUUAAUGUGUGUUUUUAAAAAAUGAAAUUGAUGCCAUUGCUUAAAUAACAGUUUAUUGAUUUCACAUAAAAGUAACAUGUAACAACAAAAAAAUUCAUGAAAUACUUUGCAAAUAAAACAUCAGUUAUUUUGUUCCAGCCAGCCUGAA